CAUGACUUUAUGGAGACAUUUCUUCCCAUUCUUUCCAAGAAGUUGGAUACACAACAUCAACACUCCCAGUAAACUGGACACAUGAAUAUUUGUUGUGCUACAAGAGCUACACCAGAGCACCCACACAGACCAAGUCUCAAGGAACAGGUUGGCAAGGACACAGGAGAGGCAUCAUGGGAGGAACAAAACGGGAUAAGAAAUGUGACGACUGACUGAGUGAAAGAAGAAAACGUCAGAGAAAGAAGGAAAGAGAGAAGGAUUGUGCGUUCUCUACUUUCUCAGAAGUGCAGCCCCUAAAUUCCUGUUACUAUGCCUGAGAGAGGGAGGGCAGCAGACCAGUCAAAAUGAACCCCUACGUCACCUCUCACUUUAGGAGGGAUCUCUUUCCCCACUUCCACUUGUUGUAGAGGCUUCUCUUCUCUUCACCCCUCUCUUACUGUUUGUGUGACAUGGGUACACCUGUUUCUGUGUUAACCUAGGACAACAGGUAACAUCUGUCUCUGUAAACCUAGGACAACAGGUAACAUCUGUCUCUGUAAACCUAGGACAACAGGUAACACCUGUUUCUGUGUAAACCUAGGACAACAGGUAACACCUGUUUCUGUGUAAACCUAGGACAACAGGUAACACCUGUUUCUGUGUAAACCUAGGACAACAGGUAACACCUGUCUCUGUAAACCUAGGACAACAGGUAACAUCUGUCUCUGUAAACCUAGGACAACAGGUAACACCUGUCUCUGUAAACCUAGGACAACAGGUAACACCUGUUUCUGUGUAAACCUAGGACAACAGGUAACACCUGUCUCUGUGUAAACCUAGGACAACAGGUAACACCUGUCUCUGUGUAAACCUAGGACAACAGGUAACACCUGUUUCUGUGUAAACCUAGGACAACAGGUAACACCUGUUUCUGUGUAAACCUAGGACAACAGGUAACACCUGUCUCUGUAAACCUAGGACAACAGGUAACAUCUGUCUCUGUAAACCUAGGACAACAGGUAACACCUGUCUCUGUAAACCUAGGACAACAGGUAACACCUGUUUCUGUGUAAACCUAGGACAACAGGUAACACCUGUCUCUGUGUAAACCUAGGACAACAGGUAACACCUGUCUCUGUGUAAACCUAGGACAACAGGUAACACCUGUUUCUGUGUAAACCUAGGACAACAGGUAACACCUGUUUCUGUGUAAACCUAGGACAACAGGUAACACCUGUCUCUGUAAACCUAGGACAACAGGUAACACCUGUCUCUGUAAACCUAGGACAACAGGUAACACCUGUUUCUGUGUAAACCUAGGACAACAGGUAACACCUGUUUCUGUGUAAACCUAGGACAACAGGUAACACCUGUCUCUGUGUAAACCUAGGACAACAGGUAACAUCUGUCUCUGUAAACCUAGGACAACAGGUAACACCUGUCUCUGUAAACCUAGGACAACAGGUAACACCUGUUUCUGUGUAAACCUAGGACAACAGGUAACACCUGUCUCUGUAAACCUAGGACAACAGGUAACACCUGUCUCUGUGUAAACCUAGGACAACAGGUAACACCUGUCUCUGUGUAAACCUAGGACAACAGGUAACACCUGUCUCUGUAAACCUAGGACAACAGGUAACACCUGUCUCUGUGUAAACCUAGGACAACAGGUAACACCUGUUUCUGUGUAAACCUAGGACAACAGGUAACACCUGUCUCUGUGUAAACCUAGGACAGCAGGUAACACCUGUCUCUGUGUAAACCUAGGACAACAGGUAACACCUGUCUCUGUGUAAACCUUGGACAGCAGGUAACACCUGUCUCUGUGUAAACCUAGGACAACAGGUAACACCUGUCUCUGUGUAAACCUUGGACAGCAGGUAACACCUGUCUCUGUGUAAACCUAGGACAGUAGGUAACAUCUGUCUCUGUGUAAACCUAGGACAACAGGUAACACCUGUCUCUCUGUAAACCUAGGACAACAGGUAACACCUGUCUCUGUGUAAACCUAGGACAGUAGGUAACAUCUGUCUCUGUGUGAACCUAGGACAACAGGUAACAUCUGUCUCUGUGUGAACCUAGGACAGUAGGUAACAUCUGUCUCUGUGUAAACCUAGGACAGUAGGUAACAUCUGUCUCUGUGUAAACCUAGGACAGUAGGUAACAUCUGUCUCUGUGUAAACCAAUGACUGUUGCCUUGGUAUUCUCCUGUGUUGUGCCUUUGUUCCUCCUAGUCAGGGUGUUACACUGUAAACUGUCAUUAGUGAUCUGGUCAAGGCGUUACACUGUAAACUGUCCUCAGGGAGCUGGUGAAGGGUUUGAACUGUUCCUCAGGAACCUAGUAACAUGUUUAGCUUGUUCACUGGGGGUCAAAGACUUGCCAGCGUUCGAAACCACAGUCCACUGGAAAUGUGUACGGAAGGUAAAGUCUAAUAUCGCAUCCAAACCUUUUUUAUGUCAUUUAGAUUUGCCCUGAAUCAAACCUUUUGAGUUUUCUUUGUUUUUAUCCCUAAGGGAUUUGGCAUGCAACAAACAAAAAAAUCUCUCUUCCCAAAAUAUUAACUUUGUUUGCCUCAGUGGGUCGUUGUUUUUACCCAGUUUUCCUUGCAUGUCCUCUGCAAAUUUUUCCAAAGGAAUUAGACUGGAAGCUUUUCUGAAAUGGAUAAACAUGUGUGUUCUCUGUCAAGUAGGGGUGUUGAGUGUGACACUUGAACCAAGAGGAGAGAACUAAAGCCAACCCGUUUGGAAAAAACAAGCACAUGGCACCUCCUGUCCCAGGAUUGGACAGGAUUUGACCUCUGAAAUAACUUUUGAGCUCUGAGUUUUUGUAGAGGUCAUCCACAGGUGUAUGCUCUGUGUGCCUGUUACCCCUCCCCUCUUUCCCCACAACUGGCCAAUAGGAUUCUGCUCCUCCUACACAUUCACUUUGACUCUAUAAUAGGUGUUGUAUAGUAUUAAUCCUGGUAUCAUAUGUAUAGGAUGGUACACAAAAAUAGGUACACAGAAAGUACACACAAUUGUACAUUCCUUGGCAUUCUAGUCAAGUAAUUUCAUUCUCUCUCCUUUUAUUUAUUGUCUUUCUCCCUCUCUUUCCCUCACUCCCUCUGUUAUAGAGAAUUCUCCCAUGCAGUUGUAGUGGCGAGGAAGUCUCCUUAUUGUUGUAUAAAUCUUUACAACACUGAGUUAAUACGAUGUAGUUGAUCUGGUCAGUAGUCAGUCUGUGCAGUGUGUUCUGUGCUGAAUUGACAAUGCCUUUAGGAGAAAUACAGAGACUCUCAGGAAUAGGAUAUCCUGUUAAAAAAGCAGUCACCUGAGAGAGCCACAAACAUAUUUCAAAUGUCUCUAAAAGUCUGCUUUUGUUGUGCCAAGAACUACCCACUGACAUUUGAGGACUUUUGUGGCUUGGAAAAGAUACUUGGAUUUGAGGGGAAGCUGCUGGUCACAGUCUCCCACUUGUGAGAGACACUGACUCUCAUCCUUUCAAGCUUCUCAGUUCCUGUAGCCUGCUCAAUGUGUUUCCCUCGUGCUGUUUCAAACUGUCAGCAAAACUCCCGCUCCCUCGUAAGAUGGCCACAGACUAUGGGUCCCUCCUGUUGAUACCCUGGACACGUGUGUAACCUCCCUCUUCAGCCCAAAGGAGUGUAAGUGCUACAGCGACUAUACAGUAUUACUGCGAGACUGUCUAUCUACUGCUGUGGAAUACGUUUCUGAAACAACACUGCCUGUUGACCAGAGGAGUAUAUACAGCAACAACUUGACCACUGAGCUUCCUUCAAGAGAAUGGAAGGAAGACUGUGAAUCAGGACACUGUAGAGCUGUGAGGAACCCUGACUGUUAAUAAAAAGUUAGUGGAACAAUGAUCCAGGAAGUGAGGGAAUUCAUCUACUGCUGGAUAGAGCUUUUCCUCAUGGAUCUACCUUUACCACAUCAGAUGGAUUACUUUUCACCAUAGAAACAGUGGAACUGGAAAGAAGUACAGAACACCAGGUUCUUAUCAAUACCUAGGUGGUCAUAAACUCACAAAGCACAUAGGAGUUGAGACUACAGCUUCAUCAGCGUAAGACAUUGUAUUUAGCACCAUGGGAGCGGUGCGUGUUAAGCGACGUUUCAGUGUGGUGGUUGACGGGCUGGUAGACGAGGAAGAAGUCAUUAAGCUGGCUCUGAGUGUUGCUGACACGGCCAGGGUGGGGGGGAGCACGGGAGGCUCAGGGAGGGAACACCCCAGCCCCUCUCCCACACACAACCGAAAUGGCAAAGCACUCCCCCUGCAGGGCAACGGCAGCAAUGCACGGAGGCCCAGCGGAGCCCUGGAGGCAGGAGGUGGGGAAGGAUCGAUGAAAGGAGGAGGGCGCUCAGGACUGAGGGGCGGGAGGGGCGGAAGUCUGGGGAGAAGGGGAGAAGGCUGUUCGUCCUCGGACCGAGAUUCAACACUGUCGUCCCCUUCCUCCUCAAGCCGCCGGCCCACCCGGCGCUCUAGCCGCCGGCCCCGCCACCGCUUUGUGGGCAAGGACGGGCGCUGCAACGUCACCUUCGUCAACAUGAGCGAGAGGGGCCAGCGUUACCUCAGCGACCUCUUCACCACCUGUGUGGACAUCCGCUGGCGUUGGAUGCUAGUCAUCUUCUGCCUCUCCUUCCUCCUCUCCUGGCUGCUCUUUGGCUUCGCCUUCUGGCUCAUUGCCGCCGCACACGGGGACUUCGCCAUCCGCCUCAACCCCAGCUCGGGUGCCUCUUCCGGGGGAGGAGAUGAGUCCGGGGCAGGGGCGGUGGUGGAAGUGGAGGAAACGUGUUUCGUUCAGGUGAACAGCUUUAUGGCGGCCUUCCUGUUCUCCCUGGAGACGCAGACGUCCAUCGGUUACGGCUUCCGCAGUGUGACCGAGGCCUGCCCCCUGGCGGUGAUGGCGGUCGUCUUGCAGUGCAUUGUGGGCUGCAUCAUCGACGCCUUCAUCAUCGGAGCGGUCAUGGCGAAGAUCGCUAAGCCCAAGAAGCGUAAUGAGACGCUGUUGUUCUCUGACACGGCAGUGGUGGCGCUGAGAGACGGGAAACUCUGCAUGAUGUGGAGGGUGGGGAACCUACGCAAGAGCCACCUGGUAGAGGCACACGUACGUGCACAACUAUUGAAGCCGAGGGUGACCCCAGAGGGAGAGUUCCUCCCGCUGGACAACGAGGACAUCAACGUGGGAUUCGACACAGGAACCGACCGCAUCUUCCUGGUUUCCCCGGUAACCAUCGUCCACGAGAUCAACGAUGAGUCGCCGUUUUUCGAGAUGGACCGUCGGACGCUGGAGGGCGACGCAGAGCUGGAGGUGGUGGUCAUUCUGGAGGGUAUGGUGGAGGCCACGGCCAUGACCACACAGUGUCGCAGCUCCUACCUCGCCUCCGAGAUCCUCUGGGGUCACCGCUUCGAACCUGUGCUCUUUGAGAGGAAGAACUGUUACCAGGUGGACUACUCGUUCUUCCACCGGACCUAUGAGAUUCCCAGCACACCCUCUUGCAGUGCUAAAGAGUUGGCCGAGCAGAAGUACACCCAGGGCUCACGCUCCUCCUUCUGCUAUGAGAACGAAGUAGCCCUGCAGCUCGUCUCCCCUGACAAUGACCCUGAGGGCAACCCUGGCGGCUGCCCCUCCCCCCUGACCCACCGAUCCUCCCUCUCACAACCCACCCACACUAACUAGGGAGGCGACAGGCAGAGGGGACAGGAAUUGACCUGGGAUCCACAGGAAGUCAGGGACAGUCAGAGGGAGAGAGAGGCAGAAAGAGAGACAGGCUUCAUAGGGAAAGAGACCAAAGUAGAGAAAGGUAAGUACACGAUUUAGGGAAAAGGACAAUAUUGAGAGACUGAAGUUGAGAGAGGUGUAGAAAGAGAAACAGAAGACACGACAAAGACGCCGAGAGACAAACGGAGAGAGAGACUGUAUACUGUCAAACAGAGAGAGAAAAGGACAGACAGAUAGGACAGAAAAGGAGAGAGAGGGAUAGAAAGAGAGAGAGAAGUGUCAUUGAAAGGGGUAGAUGGGCUGCUGCUACUCUGACUGUGUUGGCUGAUUUGGACAUAGCGAUCUUUCAGAAUCAUUAUGAACCCGUCUGUCUCAGACCCGUCCCGUCAACCAACCGCUACAUUCACCACUGGCUCCAGCACCUAGCUGACAACACAUACAACACUGACCCCUAUUGGCUUCAGUCUGUAACUGCAGCUCCUGUUCAGUUACAACUCACACUGGACACAUGGGAGUAAGGUGAAGCUGCCCCCUAGACACUGAGCUAUGACCAGUUUAGUGUUUCUGCCCCCUAAUGGUGAAGGUUAGGUUUUGGAGAGGCUAAGCUGAUCCUAGAUCCGUGCCUACGGGUAACUUCUACCUACAAACCUGUGGAAUACUGUGUGACAGAAUGAAGUAAAAUGGUGUAAUCUACACAUUGAGGGCUGUUUGUUAUGAACUGAAUGAGAAGGUAUUAUUGAUAUGUUUUUGAUUCUGGUCAUUUGUGUUCUGUCAAGGUUUGAGCAGGUCUGUUGUGUUAGACUGAUAUGUAACAAAAUGGACACAGAGAAACAGCUGAAAAUAAGCAGCAGUUUUAAGCGGUUUCUUUGACUUGUACUGUAUGUUGUUAUUCUGUAUUUAUAAUGCAAGACUAUUAUAUAUUUGCUUUAUUUAAUCAAACAUGUUGCAUGUUCAACUGGGUGCAGUGUCAGCACAAAACCAUAUGAGUGCAUAGUCUGGUAACAUGUUAUUUUAAGGUCUACUUCUAAACUUAUGAUUCAUUGUUUAAUAUGGUUAACUAUGGUUAACAAACAAAGGUUUAUAAGUACUUUGUAAGUAGAACUUUGAUUAAAAUGUUACCUUAUGUUAUUUUUAAAUUCUACAGUACCCAGCUGAAGGGACAAUCUUAUGUUAAUGUUUACCUCUGUCUUGAAUAUGAGAUUCUGUCACCUAAGAUUCUGUGUUCCUCAAACAUUUAACUUUGUAUGAUUUUCCUCAGUAUUUUAUUUAUUUAGUUAAUUUUCUGAAUACUGUAUAUUUGGUUGAAUUUUAAGGGAGAAAUGGGGGGAUGUUAAAGGUAGACUCAGCGAUAUGACGUAGAUGCAGAAAGUAAACAGCAUAGUAGGUCAAUUUCCACAACAACUAAGAGCGUUGAAGUGUGAGGCUCAACUUCUCAGCUGUUUAAAUAAAUAGUGAGGGUAUUCCAUACCGGUAAAACAUGAGCCUAUCACAAUAAUGAAAACAAAAUGUUACCGCGGCUGAGAUGAAUGGCUGACACCGAGACGCGCGCGGACAGCAGUGGACGCAUAACUUCUGGCCUAAUGACGAUCACCAAAACAUCCUUACACUUUGUGGUGUUUUGUGUAAAAUAUGUCUCUUUCCAUUCACCACUGUUUGGAGGCUGGAAAUAUGUUGAGAGAGGAUGAACAUGUAAAGGAGCCCUUUGAAGUGAUUCUUUGACAAUCAGGCGUUUGUUUGACAAACAUCAUGACUGGUGGUUUAUGCCACAGUAAGAGGUAAUACAUUUUAAAAGUUAAAUAACACAUCUUUAGUACUAGGCCCACAGAGAUCCUAAUGAAUUAAUAGAGAUUCUAUAUGUAAUGAAUGAAUAGGGAUUCUAUAUGGAAUUCUGUGAACAUAGGAGGUCCCAUACUGGGAAGAAAUGACAUCUACUUUCACUCGUGUGUGUGUGACUGUGAUAGUGAAUUCUUGCAUCUCGCUCAUCUCAAUAACUGCAGUGCUGCUCGUGGCAACGUCAUUUAGCUGAGUUUACCUUUAAGGUGACAUUGUUGGAAGUGUCCAGGCCUUGGCAGAGCACCCUAAGCUGGGACUGUAAAUGGACCGUAAACCUGUUGGACUGCCAUGACCACUGGAAGCAUGUACUGAGGACCUGAAACGUACAACUGUCACUUCACUGCAGUACAUUUACGUAAAGAAAACCUCCCUGAC